AUGUCUAAAAGUGAAGAACGUUUAUUACUGAAAAGCAUCUGUGGAGAAGUUGUUAAAGAUACGUUUCUUGAGGCAAAAGACUCUUAUGGAAACUGGUACCCUGUGAAGGUCCUCGAAGUUGAAAAAAGUAGAGUUCAUGUUCAUUUUUGUGAUUGGAGUUCACGUUAUGACUCUUGGUAUCCGAUAAAUUCAAAAUGCUUACGCGCUGUGAAAAAAGAUUUCACAAAGGAUACUGCGAAACUGGUAAAACCCUACCCUUUUAACUGUUCGAUGAACAAAAGUCCAGAAACCAGUGGCAGCCAUUUUGACGUGGGUAGCUAUGUAAUGGCUGCAUGGCGCAACGACUUCGAAUAUCUUGCUGAGGUUCUAGCCCAUCGUCAGCGACACGGCACAAGAGCAGAGUAUCGUUUGCGCUAUAUUUGGGAUCGCGUUGUAGAGUGGACACCCGUCAAUAAGUUACGCAAAGCAACUCAAUAUGAAAUCGAUUAUGUUUUAAAAUUCUGCAAAGAGCAAGGCUCACUAUCUACAAAUAAAAUCCCCAAUAAAUUCGAUCUGCAACAUUCGUGUAGUAGUAGUAGUAGUAGUAGUGAAUAUACAUCAGGAAUACCUCGAGCUAAAAGAAUAAGAACGACUCUGUCAGAAAGCAGGUCAACAGACCGUACCUUAGAUCCUGAAAUACCAAAGUACCGAUCACGUCCUACUCAUGCAAGCGCUAGCAGUUCAUCUGCCUUAGAAGACAAGAAAAUUCUUCACCCAACAUUGUAUGACGGGAUUAUCGAACAAGAUGGAAUGGUUUAUGAUAAGAGUGUUUUCCAAUUUCACGAGGCCUGUCGAAGACGCCGUGAAUUGAAAAGAAAAGCUAUCGAAGAGAAUGAAAUGUAUCUAUAUGGAUUCGAUAGUUCUGUGUCUUCCUUAGGUCAAACAUCCUCCGAAAGGUCAAAUCACCAGACAAGGCGUGAUCCCAAUUUACUGAACAGUCCUAAAAGUAGUUCUGUUAGAGCUGAAAAUUAUACAACAGAAAACACAGUCACGCCACCACUGGGAUCGCCAAUCUCAUCCUCUCAGAAAAGUGACGAAAUAAAAGAAACGAAACUGUUAGAGAAGACAUCUCAUCUCUCAAACAGUUCAUCAAAUUUGUCUGAGUCAAGUAAAUGUGAUGAACGACCACGUCGAACCAUAGUAUACAAAAGAGAAGCAGAAAUAAAAAUAUCUAGUAUGCCUAACUCAAAAGAGAUUCUCACGAAAGUUCCCGCCAAAUCAGCAGCUCCUGUUGUAUAUCCAUGCCCUCACUGCUCUCGUCAGUUGCGGAAUUCAAAACUACUCGACGCUCACAUUGUUAAUUAUCACAAAGGUGUAUCUGGUAACACAAAAUCCACAACACACACGAAAAAAGAAAUUUAUCAGAAUCGAUAUUUGCCAUGGAAAUCUCAUAUACAGUUAUCUUCUCUUGGACCAAUCUCAAAGGAAAAACCGAGUGAACCCUAUUCUGAUAGAUCAAAUGCACCUGAGUUCACCAGACUACUUUCUUGUCACUGUUGCAAUGCACGACAAUAUGCUACAGAAAAAGAACUUGGUCUUAUUCAAUGUUCACAUUGUUUAUGUUGGUUUCAUCGUUUGUGCGGUGGUACAUCAUUUGACUCGAAACUAUUUUCGAAUGUAGACUUGUUGAGUAAUAACGAACUUUGUUCACUUGUUGUUUGUAAUAAUUGUCGGAUGGUUUUACGUCCAGCUAGGAGAUCCCGCAAAAACGAAUGGCGGACGGGGUUACUACGAUCACAUGAUCUUAACUCUGAAUUUUCAAAACGAGGUCUGUUAAUUGAUGUGUCGUCUAUUUUGAAUAAAGUCUGUCAGUUACGUCCAUUAUUAGCUUCUGGGUGGCAAAUAUUGAACAGGUCAAAUUUGCCUUCUGUGUCUGAUCAAGUAAAGCAAGAUUCUGGCGUUUUCAAAAAUUCCUAUCAAGACGUAUCCAAACCAAGUGAAUUUCCAACAUCAAAGUUUGCUGGAAGUAUCAAACCUACAGCUCCCAUUAUACAUACCCCUGAAGAUCAAGUCAAUCGUCUUUAUAUGGAAUUAAGAGGUAUAGCGUUUGGAAAUCUUUCUGAAGCUAAUGGUGAAAUCACUGCGUCUAAGUGUGAUCACUUACAGCUACCAAACGAUAAUCAUACUUUUUGCAUUUCCACUCCGGACUCUGAAUGUCCUAAUACCAACUGGCCAUUAGAUGAAACAAUUAACGGUUCUGCUCAGUCGGAAUCUGUUUCAUACCAAGUUACUGAUCCUACUUAUCAUAUUGCCUCUCAAGAUUUGUCAGGAUUUCUUCAAGAUCUUGGUCCCGAUAUCAUUCCAGAAAUUUCAGGUUUUAAUGUUGAUGGAGUGAUAAAUGUCAGUAGUGUUACUUCUGAUUCCUGCUCUGUAGAUGAAUUUUUAAAGGUACCCAAAUCUUAUCCAGAACAGCCACCCGUUUCACAGAAUAAUGAUAAGUUAUGUAGAGAGAACACUGCUUGGCAGUUGUUAUGUUCUCAUCCUAGGACUACUAAUACAUCUGAUAAAGAUCUAGGUACUAUUCUUGAUAUUUCUGCUUCGGAAGAUUCUACUCUAAGUCCUUUGAAAUAUUUUUCCAAUACUGUAUGUAAUAAUCAUUUAGAGUCAGGUCAGCAAUUUCCUUCAUGUGAUUCUAAUAUCCCUUCAACCUCGUCACCUGACAAGCCCAUGAUUCAAACAUUCGUUGAUGUCAAAAUCAACAGAUCCAAUAUCGAUGGUGGAAGUUCAGUCAAUGAAUCAAGUGACAGAAUUUCAACUAAUUUGGGAACAGGUGUCGGAUCAGAUAUUAUUAAUCUGUCUAUUCCAAAAUGUGCACGUUCAAUCAUUUCUGAUUUAUUGAAUAGUCCUUUAAAUGAUGAUUUCGUUACACCUUGUGUUAGUCAACAGUCUGAUCUAAAAGGAUCUAAUAUUCUGCCUACAUCAUGCACAUCGAAUGAAUUUGUACACCUCUCAUCAACGUCUGGAUUAAAUUCUUUGGAUAUUGACUGGUUAGAGGCAGAUAACCAUAAUCAGUCUAUGAAUUCUUCUACUAGUCCAGUGUAUCAAAAUAAUGCCAAGAUAUAUGACCAUUCUACAUUGAAUGAAUUUUCUGAUCUUGCCAACCAUGUAACAAAUUUAAGCAACAUGACCUUUCAUUUUUCCGUUGAACAACUUAGAAAGUUAGCGCAAACUCAAGAUAACUUGUUGAACGUAGAUGAAUGUAUCCUAACACCAUUUGAAAAUGCUCUAAGUGUUAUGGAAGCUCAGUUGGAUGUAAUCACAACUCAUGUUACCAACUUUGAACGACUGCAUAAAUAUAAUCAUAAUAAUAUAAAUACAGAAUGCGAUUAUUUGGAAGACGAGAAAGUUCCUUCAUACACAAAACAUCAAGAAACAAACCAAGUUUUUACUCCCAGAGGUCCUUUAAAUUCAUCUCAGUCAUCUAAUGAAGUACAUGCGACAUUUUCUUGGGAGAAAAUGAAUGACAAAACUUCAUUCCCCUUUGUUCUAGACGGCGCAAAACAUAAAGAAUAUAAGAUAGAUUUAGAAACUUAUUUAGAGAGUGCCAAAACUGCGGCUCAAUAUCUUUACCGUCUACAAAAAGUAUCAUUACAAGAGUCAAACCUUCAUACUGACGUUCCAAAUGUGUUGAAUGAUUAA